AAAGUUUUCACGACGAUGUCUAAUGUACAGGAGGAGAGGAGGGAUUUCAUCACCAGAGAAAUUGACAAAGAUUAUGUGAAGGUUGUUCAAAAAAUUUAUAUUGGAUGGUAUAAAACGCCAAUAUCUGGAUCAGACAUGAGAAAGGCUGUCAGAUAUAUUCAAAGGAUCUUGGAAGGAGAAGAAAGUCAUAGGAAAGCAACAAAACUGUUUGAUGCUAUACAACAUAUUGAUAUGAUGAGAAAGAAAGGGCGACUAGACCAAGAGGGUCUUCCAGUGGACUAUUCAAUGUAGGAGCUUUGGCAUAUCUUGCUAGAAAGGAAUGAACACCCACAAGAGAACUUGCAAAGAAUUGUGAAAGAGUUCGAAGAUAAAAGAGGCUUUCGACCUUCUCCAGAAGAAUUCGAAGAUUUGUUUAACUCAAUGAAAGGUAAUAUAGUCAAACUGGAACAGGAAGGAGUAAUUAAAGAUAUACAAAUUGAGGAAGGAAACGAAGAACUUCAGCGAAAAAAUAUUCUGCUUCAAGAGAAAGAUGGAAUUAUAAAAGAUAAGGAUAUUAUGCUGGAAGAUAAGGAUAGAAUGCUGGAAGAUAAAGAUAAAAUGCUGGAAGAUAAGGAUAGAAUGCUGGAAGAUAAGGAUAGAAUGCUGGAAGAUAAAGAUAAAAUGCUGGAAGAUAAAGAUAAAAUGCUGGAAGAUAAGGAUAAAAUGCUGGAAGAUAAGGAUAGAAUGCUGAAAGAUAAGGAUAGAUUGCUGGAAAAUAAGGAGAAAGAAAUACAAUGGCGAAACAGAAAGAUAAAGAAAAUGCAAGAGUGGUUAGAGCAAAUGCAAGUAUUGUCAGCCAAAGGUUUGUUGUUGAGCGAGAAUGAAGCUUAUUAAACGUUUCAAAGUAAUUACCUAUAUAAGAAGAAAACUAUUUUGAGAUAUGCGUCAUAUUCAUAUUAUCUUGGUUUUGUACAACAUGAUUAAUCAUUGAAACAGUAUUUUUAAAUUGUGUAGUAGUAAAAUUGGAUGAAUCUGGAAACAUACAUAAUUACAUUAUUUUUCUGUAGAUUUCAUAAAAUUGUACCUAAUAUUGAAUAUUUUCAAUCAUUAUUUUUAGAAUACAUAAAACAU